AUAUCGCCUGAAACGAUAUCGGAAACGCCUGUCCGAUUCGGAAUACUGGGGUGUGCUACCAUAGCACGCAUGCUAUCAAGAGCAAUUAGACUCGCACCAAAUGCCUCCAUCUCCGCCAUUGGAAGCCGUUCGAUCGACAAGGCCUCGAAAUUCGCGUCCGAAAACGGCUUCCCGGCGUCGGCUAAGGUCUACGGCAGCUACGAAGCUGUGUUAGACGAUCCAGAAGUCGACGCCGUUUACGUGCCUCUCCCGACCAGCUUGCACUUGAAGUGGGCCGUUUUAGCCGCCGAGAAGAAGAAGCACCUGUUGCUGGAGAAGCCGGUGGCGCUGGACGUGAAGGAGCUUGACACGAUUCUCGAGGCGUGUGAAUCGAAUGGUGUGCAGUUCAUGGACGCUACCAUGUGGAUGCACCAUCCUCGGACGGCUAAGAUGAAAGAGUUCCUCUCCGAUCCGCUGCGUUUUGGGCAACUCAAAUCGAUUCACAGCAUCUUUACCUUCGAUGCUGGCCCUGACUUUCUCAACAACAACAUCCGUGUGAAGCCAGAACUUGGCGCUCUUGGCGAUGCAGGGUGGUACUGCAUCCGGGCAAUCCUCUGGCCCCUUUUCGCUUUUGAACCCCUCUGAGACAGAUGAACAGAGAGGCGACGAUCUGGACGACAGAGGCGACGAACGGAGAGGGCUGAGCCGAUUUCCCAGCGAGGUGAGGAGAGACGGCGACAGACGAACAGAGAGAGGCGGCGAGAGGCUGAGCCGAUUCCCACACUUGUCUGUCCAACCCAAAUCCCAGUUUGGUUGAUGCAAUGCAACAAUUAUAUGGGGUGGAUAAUGGUGAUGAUGUGAGCUUCAGGGAUGGGAGCUAGCAAAUGGCAAUACUUGAUAAUAGUGGAUGGGGAUUAAAAUUCAUUUUGUAUUUGAUGGGAGUUGAUGUUCAAAUUUUUUUUGUUCAUUUUUUUUCUUCUUUUUUAUUUGGAGAGAAUGACACUUGUUUCUCAUUUUUUUCUAGAAAUGUUAUUGGAAUAAAAAAAUCUUAGUAUCAAAUUUAUGUUGUGACCAAA